AUGUUAUCUGGGGACCAAGUACCUGAGGACGGGACGGAGGAGCAGAGCAACCCAACUAAAGGCAGUGCGUCUUUAAAAUCAGUGGAGGAAACCCUUCCAGCACGGGACCCUGUGAGCAGAGGAAACACCACCCCCCCUGACCUCAUCCGCACCCAGCCUCAGCCCGCUGCAGCCCUAGGAGCCGAGGCCUCACAGGAGGGGGCGGGGCUUAAGAGGCCUCAGUGUGACUUCCAGAAGCCCACCUGCCCACGAUGUGGCCUCACAGCCGCGGACCACCGGCUGCCCCGCUCCUCCACAGACCCCCGGCGGCCCCCCCCCUCCCGGCUGCAGGGCCGGUCGGUGCACAGCGGGGGCAGCAGGAGGAGCGGGGGGGCAGGAUCACAUCCCCCCACUGCUACUCCUGCUGCCACAGACUCCUGUUUACAGCUGCUGUUGGCGUGUUUGUCGUGCCAGUGCUCAGUGCUGAUCCUGGGUCUGUUGGAGGCCUGCUCCUCCUGCCUGCACACCUUCUGCGCCUCCUGCUGCCACGCCUGCGCCCGCUGCUGCUCGGCCAUCCAGGAGGCGCCGGUGGAGGAGCUGAACUGCCACGCCCACUGCCACUCGGUGAUGUUCGAGUCCUGCUGCGAGCCCACCGAGUUUCUCGAGUUCUGUCUGGAGUGCUGCGACAUCUGCCAUCGCAGCUAG